CCAUCUGUCCGCACAGUGUUUCGAGAACACUGAUUCGACCUCCACUAACGCAAGCCACAGAAUAAAAACAUUCAUCUUCUUAUUAAUUGAUAGUAACCUGUGCUAGACAGUCGACUCAGUGGGAAACCAUGAAGAUCUGUGCGUUUGUUUUGCUCUUUGUCUUUUGUUGCGUCCAAUGUCGUAAAACUUACGCGCCGAUCGACAAGAAUGCUAACGUUGCUUUUAUAAAUAUGGAAGGCGGCGGGAUAAGGCCGGCUCCACGAAACAUCAGUCCAAACCCAACCACCGCACCGAAAAUACCGGACACAGCGAAACCAAUUCAAACUCCUCAACCAGCGGCACCAGUGGCUCCACCUGCGGUGAAACCAGCUGCUGCCCCAACAGUUCAGCCACCAAAAACACCAAGCAUAAUAACACCAAAGCCGGUCUACCCUACCCCCGCAGUGAAUCCCAUUACCACUCCUGGACCUGGAAGCGUGAAGCAACUUGUUACUUUUUACAACAGUCAGGGCAAAGCCAGUCCUAUUCGACCUUAUUCCUACAGCCAGGCUGUUAAACAGGGCUAGUUAUAUAAGCUAUUUAAUAAAAAUAAUGUAAAUGUUAUGAUAAAUCGAAUAAACUUAAUUUGCUCGUACUGGCAAAUUCA